CAAACAACCGCCAAAAUGGGUCGCGUCCGUACCAAGACUGUCAAGCGCUCUGCCAAGGUCAUCAUUGAGCGUUACUACCCCAAGUUGACCCUCGACUUCGAGACCAACAAGCGCAUCUGCGAUGAGAUCGCCAUCAUUGCCUCCAAGCGCCUCCGCAACAAGAUUGCCGGCUACACCACCCACUUGAUGAAGCGUAUCCAGCGUGGCCCCGUCCGCGGUAUCUCCUUCAAGCUCCAGGAGGAGGAGCGUGAGCGCAAGGACCAGUACGUCCCUGAGGUCUCCGCUCUGGAUGUUUCCCAGACCGAGUCCGGCCAGCUUGAUGUUGAUGCCGACACCAAGGACCUGCUCAAGUCCCUCGGCUUCGACAGCCUCAAGGUCAGCCUUGUCUCCGUCAGCCAGCAGCAGGUUGCCGAGCGUCCCCGCCGCUUCGGUCCCCGCUAA